AUGUCUCAUUUUUUCCAUGAAGCCAAGGCAGCCAUCGGCGACUUUGUACACGAAGUCGAGUCAGAGGUGUCGAAGGUUGCAGGAAUCUCAGACGGCGAGAAACACAGCCACACUCAUAUCGGAGAGGCAUGCCAUGCACUUCAUAUAAAUGGAAAUGAGAACAGAUUUGGCAGUUUCGCUCCUCCAAGAACUGGCCAUGAUAUUAAAUGGCAUAUCGACGGGUGUGCGUACAUGUGGGCUGUAUCUGUCGCCUUGGAAGAGGCACAGGAAAGUAUCUGGAUUCUGGAUUGGUGGCUUACCCCUGAGCUUUAUUUGAGAAGACCCCCAUCGGCAAACGAGGAAUAUAGAAUCGACCGCAUGCUUUUAGCUGCUGCUGAGAGAGGUGUCAAAGUGAACAUUAUCAUUUACAAGGAGGUUACUAAGGUCUUGACAUUAUGCUCUGAGCACACCAAGAAGGCUCUAGAGGUUCAUCCUAACAUUUCGGUAUUCCGACAUCCGGAUCAUGUUCCAAGUGGUAUUCACGUCGAAUCGGAACUUAUUACCGACUUGAAGAAUUUCAGUUUGAGAGACUUUGAUCUUGCACAACUUCCUAAAGAGGGUAUUGAAGCGUUAUAUGGAGCCCGAAAUGAUGUUAUUCUUUACUGGGCACAUCACGAAAAGCUUUGCUUAGUUGAUAGCAAAGUUGCUUUCAUGGGUGGUCUGGACUUGUGUUUUGGUAGAUGGGAUGUGAAUCAGCAUCCAAUUGCUGAUGCACACCCAAGUGACCUGGACAAUAUUGUUUUCCCAGGUCAAGAUUUCAAUAACGCAAGGGUGUAUGACUUCCAGGAUGUAGCAAAUUGGCAAGACAACAAGCUUGAUCGUACUAAGUACUCUAGAAUGGGAUGGUCGGAUCUAUCAAUGUCGUUAACAGGACCAGUUGUCGAGGACCUUCGAGCUCAUUUUGUCCAGAGAUGGAAUUUCAUUUUCCGAGAGAAAUACGACACUCAAGAUACAAGAUACACAGCAUUGUCCUUGAUUCCUAAUGAUAUCCCUGAUGGAUAUUAUAACGAAGAUGGUACAAAUAUCGGUGCAUCUACCGAGGGUGCGAUCUCCGAUACAUUCCGUAGAGCGGGUACAUUUUUGGGCAGAUCGGGAGGUAAUUCAGGGUAUGGGGAUGAUCAAAACGGCGUUUCUAUCCAACUUGUAAGAAGUUGUACUGAGUGGAGCAAUGGUGUCGCCACUGAGCACUCCAUUGCCAAUGCCUACAUUGAGGUUAUUCAACGAAGCCAACAUUUCAUCUACAUCGAAAACCAGUUUUUCAUCACCGCCUGUUCCGAUGAGCAACAUCCUGUUGAAAAUAAAAUCGGAGCGGCGAUCGCAGACAGAAUCAUUCGUGCUUAUCAAAAUGGCGAACAAUACAAAGUUAUUGUUUGUAUGCCAGCAGUCCCAGCUUUUGCAGGCGAUCUCCAUGGAGAUGAUGCUUUGGGAACUCGUGCAAUUAUGGAGUAUCAAUAUAAUUCAAUCUGUCGUGGCGGUAACUCAAUUAUGGAAACAGUUGCUAAAGCCGGAGUACCCGAUCCAAAGGAUUACAUCCGAUUCUACAAUUUAAGAAACUAUGAUAGACUUAACGACAACGGCACGAUGGCUCGAACCGAACAAGAAAGUGGCGUCAGUUAUGAAAGUGCUAGAAAAGAGCACGAUGAUAUAGUUGGUGCUGGAUAUGGCGGUUACGGUGAAGAAACUGGUGCUCGCAGAGGCCAAGAAAAUUACGAGUAUGACCAAUACCAAAGAGCCGCCCCUCGUUCCCAAGAACACGACACAGUAGCAGCAUGCUAUUUGGAAGAUGGUCCAUCCAUCACAUCCAUUCCUUGGAAUGGUACCCCUGAAGCCGAGCUCGAUGCCUUCGUCAGCGAGGAACUUUACAUCCAUACCAAACUUCUUAUCGCCGAUGAUCGCGUUGUAAUUUGUGGUUCAGCUAACCUCAACGAUCGCUCUCAACUCGGUACCCACGAUUCCGAAAUCGCGAUUGUAAUCGAAGACACCGAAACCGUUGAUUCAUACAUGAACGGUCGCGAAUUCCAAGCCGCAAAAUACGCCACUUCGCUCCGCAGACAACUCUUCCGAAAGCACCUCGGCAUGAUCGCACUACAAGAUUGGACCAGACCGGAUGCAAAUUAUAUGCCCAUCAACAAAGACCCCAACGAUUACGACUGGGGGUCCGACUACGAUAUCGCUGUUCAAGAUGUGUUUUCCCCCGAAUUCACAGAUUUAUGGAAUGGUCGUGCAAGAACUAACACAGAAGUUUAUUCAAAAGUUUUCCAUGCCAUUCCGGCGGAUAAUGUGAGGAACUGGGAUGAUUACCAUGAGUUUUAUGAACAGUAUUUUGUAUCACCUAGUGAUAAAGAUACAGAUGAAGAAGAUAAGGAGCCUGCAAGAUAUCUCUAUGGGCAUGUGGUGAAAGAAGAAUUCCCAGGUGGCGUGGAGGAGGUUAAAGAGGAGUUGAGCAGGGUUAAGGGUAUGCUUGUUGAGAUGCCGCUAUCGUUUAUGGAUGGGGUUGAUUUCGCCAAGGAGGGGUUGAGUUUCAAUGCUUUGACCGAGACGAUUUAUACUUAG